CUCCCGGAGCAGCCAAUGACGCUCUCCCGACUCCCGGCGCCUCCGACGUGUCCCAAUGGCGGACGAGAGUGGGCGGGGCUUGCGUGUGGCUGGCCAAUGAGGUGGCGCCGCGUCCUGGCUGCCGGAGGCGGGGCCUCCGCGGAAGGACGACGACGGCGAAAGCGCUGCCGGCCGGUCAGUAAGGCAGGAAGCGACGAGGCUCAGAGGGAGACAGAGGCGCCGCUGGAGGAGCAGGGAGGGAAAGCCGGCUCCGUCUCUCAGGAAAGGCCGCGGAGUGAGGGCCUGAGGAGAGAGAGGGAGACAGAGAGGGAAGGGAAGUCGGCAAGCGUCGGAGGCGCCUUCCUCGGCCUCAGCAUGGUUGGCGGCGGCAGCGGAGCCCGAAGGACGCCGGCCCUGCCCGCCUUGGCCUUCCUCUUCCUUGCCUGCCUGCCCUCCCGCUCAGAUUCCUUGGCAGUGAUGUCAGUUGACCUGGGCAGCGAAUCCAUGAAGGUAGCCAUUGUCAAGCCUGGGGUGCCAAUGGAAAUCGUCUUAAACAAGGAAUCUCGAAGGAAAACCCCAGUGGUCGUGACCCUGAAGGAGAACGAGCGCCUCUUUGGCGACAGCGCUGUGGGAAUGGCCAUCAAGAAUCCAAAAGUGGCAUUCCGGUACUUCCAGGACCUUCUAGGCAAGCACAUUGAUAACCCUCAAGUGGCACUAUAUCAGUCACGGUUCCCAGAACAUGAGCUGGUGAAAGAUGCAAGGAGGGAGACAGUCACCUUUAAACUGUCAGAUAAAAUGCAGUAUUCUCCAGAAGAGAUCCUGGGCAUGGUCCUUAACUAUUCCCGAGCAUUAGCUGAGGAGUUUGCAGAGCAGCCCAUCAAGGAUUCUGUCAUCACUGUCCCGGCCUACUUUAACCAAGCAGAGAGAAGAGCUGUCCUCCAUGCAGCAAACAUGGCAGAUCUCAAGGUUUUGCAACUCAUCAAUGAUAACACAGCGGUGGCCUUGAACUACGGGGUUUUCCGGAGGAAAGACAUCAAUGCUACAGCCCAGAAUAUCAUGUUUUAUGACAUGGGAUCUGGCAGCACUGUGUGUACCAUUGUGACUUACCACACUGUGAAGACCAAGGACUCAGGGACCCAGCCUCAGUUGCAGAUCCGAGGUGUUGGAUUUGAUCGCACGCUAGGAGGGCUGGAGAUGGAGCUGCGCCUUCGGGACCAUCUGGCCAAGCUCUUCAACAAACAGCAGCCAUCAAAGGAUGUCCGGAAAAACCUCCGUGCCAUGGCCAAACUCCUGAAGGAAGCUAACCGCCUGAAAACUGUACUAAGUGCCAAUGCUGACCACAUGGCCCAGAUCGAGGGCUUGUUGGAUGACAUUGAUUUCAAGGCCAAGGUUUCACGGCAGGAGUUUGAGGAUCUGUGUUCAGAUUUGUUCCAGCGGGUUGCAGGGCCUGUGCAGCAGGCACUGAACAGUGCUGAGAUGAAUCUGAAUGAAAUUGACCAGGUGAUCCUAGUUGGCGGUGCCACCCGUGUGCCCAAAGUGCAGGAGUUUCUGCUGAAAGCCGUUGGCAAGGAAGAGCUGGGCAAGAACAUCAAUGCAGAUGAAGCAGCUGCCAUGGGUGCUGUCUACCAAGCAGCUGCCCUCAGCAAGGCGUUCAAAGUGAAGCCUUUCAUUGUCCGUGAUGCGGCUGUUUUCCCAAUCCAGGUUGAGUUCACUCGUGAAGUGGAAGAGGAAGAUAAAUCCAAGAGUCUGAAGCACAACAGGCGGAUCCUCUUCCAGCGCAUGGCUCCCUAUCCCCAGCGCAAGGUCAUCACCUUCAACCGCUACACAGAUGACUUUGAGUUUCACAUCAACUACGCAGAUAUGGGUUUCAUGAGUGAACAUGACUUGCAAGUCUUUGGGUCCUUGAAUCUCACACGGGUGAAGCUGCAUGGUGUGGGUGAGAGCUUCAAGAAGCAUUUGGAUUAUGAAUCCAAAGGUAUCAAGGCUCAUUUCAACAUGGAUGAGAGUGGCGUGCUGAGCCUCGAUCGCGUCGAAUCUGUGUUUGAGAAAAUGGUGGAGGACAAGCCAGAGGAGGAAUCCACACUGACAAAGCUUGGCAACACCAUCUCCAGCCUUUUUGGAGGAGGCAACCCUGUGCCAGAAGCCCCUGAGAACCUGACUGAGACUGUGCAGGAAGAAGAAGAGAGCCAAGUGGAAUCUGGCAAAAAGAAUACGAAGGAUGAGGCUGGGGCUGCUAGCAGGGAGGACGAAAAGCCAUCACCAACACCAUCCCCUUCUCAGGAGGAGGCUGCUGGAGGGGAUUCUGCAGCAACAGACCAGCAAGAGGAGGGUGCAGAAAAGCCAGAUUCUCCCGAAGCCCAAGAGAUGCCUGGGACGGAGAAGGGAGAGGAGCCUACAAAGAGCCCUGAAAGCAGCAGUGGCAAAGCGUCCGUGGAAGAGGAGGAGGAGAAGCCAAAGCCUCCCAAGAAGCAAAAACUGGUGGAGGAAAUCACAGUGGAACUGGAUGUGAAUGAUGUACCAGACUUGCUCCCGAAAGAGCUGCAGGACUCCAUAAAGAAGUUGCAAGAGUUGACUGAGAGAGACCUAGAGAAGCAGGAGAGGGAGAAGUCAGCUAACAGCCUCGAGGCCUUUGUCUUUGAGACUCAGGACAAGCUCUAUCAGGAGGAGUACCAAUUUGUUUCAACAGCAGAAGAGAGAGAGGACAUUUCCAAGAAGCUGAGCAAAGUUUCCAGCUGGAUGGAAGAAGAGGGCUAUACAGCCACAACUAAGGAACUGAAAGAGAAGCUUUCUGAGCUGAAGAAGCUUUGCCGGAGUCUUUUCUUCCGUGUGGAGGAGAGGAGGAAGUGGCCAGACCUCCUGGCUGCCCUGGAGAGCUUGCUCAAUCAUUCCAGCAUCUUCCUGAAGGGAGCACGGAUGAUCCCAGAGAUUGAUCAGAUCUUUACGGAGGUGGAGCUGAGCACUUUGGAAAAAGCUAUAAAUGAGACAAUGCUAUGGAAGAACGAGACUUUAGCAGAGCAGAAUAAGCUGCCUCCCACUGCCAAGCCUACGCUCCUUUCCAAAGACAUUGAGCUGAAAAUUGCAGCCCUGGAUCGGGAAGUGCAGUAUCUUCUCAAUAAAGCCAAGUUUGCAAAGCCCAAGCCAAAGAAGAAGGAGAACACCACAAAAACAGAAGCAGGCAAGAAUGCCACCGUGCCUCCAGAGAGUGAGAAAGUCAUUCCUCCCAAGGAGGAGAAGCAGGAAGGAGCAGACGAACCAGAGGACGCCAGCCCAGUCAAAGAGCCGCCCACGGAAGAGCCGGUGCAGUUGGAGAGUGAGUCGGGACCAGGCACAGGCCCACAUAUUGAAAAACAGUCUGAACCAAGGGAAGAUACUAGAACCAAUGAUGAAUUAUAACAGUUCCUUAAAUCUCCCUGCCCAUCGACAUCUAUUUAUUUACAGUUAACUCCGUGGUUUUAAAAAUGGACCUGGUUAGUGGAACACGGCACAAACUGACAAAGAGUGGCAAUAGAGUUGUACUCCCUUCCCUCCUCCUUCCAUUGGAAAUGUUCUUGGUGAUUUUGGUGCAUUGUCCUGUCUCUUUACCUCCUUUGUUUUCAAGUGUGACUUUCAGCCAACUGGAAACUCUUGCUGUGCUUUUCACAGCACUCUCCCUGGAGCUACCACUUCUGGCUGGUAGAUAAUACUGACCUAAAACGGUUCUAGGAAAUGACAUGGAGCAGGACUUGCCUGGGCUUUGCCUUAACCUGGCGAGGAGCCGUGGGUGCACUUGCGUCUGCACCUGUGCUAACUGUGAGAGGAGCUAACAAAUUGCAAUCGCCUACUUCAGUCUCAUUGUGUGCAUGUUAUCACAUGUGGUAAAGGCCUCUUUUGUUUAGGGCUGUUGCACCAUUUCUCUGCCUUUGAGCUUCUCUGUAACAGAAACGGAUGAAACAGAAGUGAGGUAUAUAAAAACAGCAGAUGGUACUCAAAAGGAAGAGCAAGUUCCUCAAUGCCACCCCAGCAGAUAAGGAAGAGAGACUUGCAUCAAACUUUCCAUCACCUGGUAACAUACCUUUGGCAGAAAUUGCCCAGAUUUGAUUACAGUUAAGAGGCCAAGAGACUAUGUUGAUGCGAUAAAAGAGGAGGCUGAUCUGUCCUGCCAAAACAGGGUUAGCAGUCCCCUUCAAAUUUAUACUGUAUUAAGAUACAGGUUUUUCCAUGUGUCUUUUAUUGGCUCUAUAAGUGUAUAGUUUCUGCUUUCUGGCACAGUUCUUAAUGUUGGCAUUUCCUUCUGGUGCUUCUAUUCCAUGGUAGUUUUGGAAGCAAGCUUGCAAAGUGUGCUCAUGUGCAUAUACGUGUUCCUUCUUUAAUUUGAUUACCUUCCCUUGCGACUGUAUUACUUCAGUCAACGAGUGGCAUAGAAAGGAAUAGUUUGGACUGUAAGGUGGUUUUGGCUUAUUGAAAAAGAAAUCCUGGUGCUUCAGUUUUCAGAAGCACAAGUAAGUCCAUAAACACGUAAAGCUAAAAUGUGUCCCCAGCUGUCAUGACACGGUGGAGGGAAAGCAAGCCUCUUGCCUCCAUAUCUCUCUGAAACUUUCACAUCAGUGGGAGUCUUUUUAUUUGUCCUCAUUGCUGCUAUACAGUAGUAGCUCACUGCCCUCUAGUCUCUAAAAUCAAUUUAGAAAAUGAGCUGCUUUUGAAUAAACUGCAAGUCUUGUCCAAUUCUGCAGCUGCGGAGGCCUCUUUUCUCCUGUGUAUUUACAUAGAAGUGGUAAGGCAAAUGCUAGGAGUCCCCAGAGCAAGGUGUGUAGGAAAAAUACAAAUUAUGGGUGGUGUGGCUCAUGGUUAAAGCCCCCCUGCAUUCAGGUAAGCAGCAUUGGACAUUUUACCUUGGCAUUUUUCUCAUGCCUUUUUUUUUUCCCAAAAGAAGAGAGUAUGUGCGCAUGUGCUGACCAACAUGUUUGCAGGCGGCUUUCUUAAAAUGUGCAUUGGGCCUAAUUAAAAAACCAACUGUUUCUGUAUACCUCCAUGUUGGGCAGAACGUGCAUUUCUACUGUGAGUCUAGACACGAAGCAAACGGGGUCUGAAUGUAAAACUCUUGUAAAAUGCUUCUCCUGUCUUGUGCUGUCUAGCCUUAUUCCCCACCGCACCCUGGAACAUGGCAGGCUUAGACGUUCCUUUAACCUUUAUUUUAUGGAAACCUUGAGUUGGGAAUUGGUUGGGGUGGGCUCCCGUCUUUGGCUGCAUCCACACUGGAGAAAUAACCCACUUUAAGUCUUCCUGGCUCAAGUCUAUGGAAUUCUGGGAGCUGGAGUAUGUUGUGGGGCCUUCCUUAAGCUCUGCUCUGGGCCCACAACAAACUCCAACUCCCAGAGUUCCAUAGCCUUUAGCCAGAAAGAACAUUUGGGUUAUUUCUCCAGUCUGGAUGCAGCCAUAGUUUCUCUGCUGCUGCUUGCUGCCUUUGGAGAAUGGCCUAGAGCUCAGCCAAGCCCACCUGGGAAUCCAUUGCGCCAAAGAGUGCCAUUGCGUACCCUGUGGGGAAAACCUCGUUCAACACCUGUUUGCUGCAUUGGCACUUAGUCCAUCUGGAGCUGUUCAUUUUCACAUUGACGACGUUUCUGCGCCUGUCGGUCAGUUCUGUUACCUUUUUGUUGAGAAGGGAGGGAAGGAGGAGGGGGAUCGUGGUGUUGAAAUUCACAUCAUCAUCAUCGGGUUGAAAUGUACUUGCUCCUUUUGAGGAAAUGGUUUCAAUAAAAACAAUUUGCUUUUCUACAGUCCUUUGCUGUUUUUAAAGAGGAGGUGAAAGAAGUGAGGUGGGUUUCUGGCUGAGCUUCAUAGUUUCCCUUAGGCCUGGGGCCUGCUGCAUUCCUGGCAUUGGCUGUGGUUCCUUGAGGCUCAUGGGAGCAGGGAACGCCAGAGGCCCAGGCUGGGUUCAGAGCUUGGGAUAGUGGCACUUCAGGGCCUUAUUGCACCCUUAAAUUGGGAGAAUGCAGCACCUCAAAUGAUUUCAGAAGAAAACCAACCUUUGCUUUAUAUGUAGCACCCAGCUUCCCUAGACUUCAGUCUACUUCCGCAGAUGCCUUUUAAUAAACAGAUUUUAAUAUAGAAAUGCAUCUGAGGAAGUAGGCUGAAGUCCAGGAAAGUUAAUGCUGCCAACUUCUUUCAGUGAGUCUCAAAGGUGCUGCUACUAGAUCUCUCUACAUACUGACUGAUUCUGCAACUAAGGCAGCUAUAUCUUUGAAUGCUUGCUUUAUACAUUAAAGAUUAUACUAUAUAU